CAGUGACUAUAGAUAGAUAGUCUACUAUGGUCUACUAUCUAUAGUCACUGCGUCGUGUCAUAUAAACGUGUCAAAUUACGUAUUUUGUAUAAAUUUAUUAAAUUGUAUAUGCUAUACAAUAAUUUUUGAAGAUGAUUACGGACGUACAGUUGGCUGUAUUCUGCAACAUCCUCGGAGCCACAUUAUUUUGUUUAGUAUUUCUAUUUCAUUAUAUAAAUGCAAAUUAUUCGAAAUAAGAAAAUACAAUGUUACUGUUAAACGUAACCUAAACCUGUCUUCGGAAACAUCUACACAUGGAGUUACGUAUCUAUAAGUUGUAUUUCAUACUGUUGAUUGACAGAUAUCACUGAUAAAUAAAUGCAUUUACAUUCAUAAAUGAAUUCGAUGUUAAAUAAAAAUGUCAUUCUUAUGUUUCUAUUGUAUGAAAACACUGUACAAAAUAUGCAUUGUAAGAUGAAUAGAAAUUGAAAAAUAAAUGUUAUAAUUUGUGAA